AUGAUGAAACCGGCUGCAGUCCCUCACCACAAUCUCCCUCCGAAAAACUCUCGAAACCAUCUUGAUCGCCAGGUGGCAAUCCGUACAAAUCCUGAGAUUCUUAACAACCCUUAUAGGCGCUCCAGGCGGCGUACUGAUAAGCCCAAACGCGACCGCAAUCUUUUCACUGUGGUGCAUCACAGCAUCUUCCUUCUCCUCUUCCUCCACAUCUGCAAGCACUCCCAAAGUCCCGGGAUCAUAACCUUCCUCAACCCUCAACCUCCUUCUCAUCUCCCUCAACAUCUCACUGACUCUGCCUCUGCCAUGUGGCCGCAUUUUGCGUACAUUACGAGAAGGGCGUUUGCGGCGUGUUGGUUUGUGUCGAGGCCAACUUUGGACAUGUACGCGUGGGCCCGCCUGCCGAGGGCUAAAGUGCCGAGAUCGGCGCACGCGGUCAGCAAGCUGACGAGUGUGAAGCCGUCGGGCUUCACGACAGUACUACUACUAAUACUCUCCGAGCUCAUUCUUCUGUAA